CUGUAUAGUGGCGGCACGACUGUUUAGCGGCGGCGCUAGUGCUCAUCGCUGGCCGCCGGCGCCACCGUCUUCCCCUCGAUAUUCCACGUAGUAUUCAAUUUCAACGGUACGCGCAAUUCUUUUUCGACGGUGACUUCUUUCCUCAACAUUAACAAAUAGCCGCCAUUAACGUGGAGAUAAUCAAAUGGAACGGAAGCACUAUGAUCCGGAAGGAAAAGAAGGUUGAACAAGAACUGUGCAAGAUUUACUGGCUGUUGCUGAUACGAUGAACAUGGUGAAAAGUAAUGUGGACUUGUCUAUGAAGUUAAAGGAGGGAAACUGCGUGCUUAGUAAAAAGAUUCAUCUGGCUACAUAUGAAGAAUCACUCCCAAUCCAUUUACAACAAAAUUUCUCACCAUUCCAGACCAUUGUUGUCGAAUCUUGAAGACUCCAAGAUUAUAGGGGUGCUCUGCACUGCCUUUGCUGCCCAUCAUGUAGCGCCGCCGUCGCCGCCACCACCGCCGGCAUCACAUGGUAAUCACCAUGACCACCACCAUGACCACCACCGGCACCGGCACCACCACCACCACCACCACCACCACCACCACCACAAUCACUCAAAGUCACAUUCACCACCACCACCUCCUCCUAAACCAUCGACUCAUUCACCACCACCACCGCCACCUCCUCCUAAACCAUCGACUCAUUCACCACCACCACCACCUCCUAAACCAUCGACUCAUUCACCACCACCACCACCAACCCUAACACAUCCUCCACCACCGCCUCAUUCACCAAAACCGCCACCAAUGAACCCACCAACACCUUUGACUCCGCCGGCGCAUUCACCGCCACCUCCCACACCACCAUCUUAUCCCCCAAAAUCACCGCCAGUGAGUCCGCCAAUAUAUAAUCCACCGCCUCAUUCACCACCGCCAUCACAACCACCCUCUCCCACACCGCAUACUAACCCUCCGACAUCACCGCCAGUGAGCCCACCAACCUAUAGUCCUCCGACUCAUCCACCACUACCACCACCCUCUAAAACCCCGACAUCACCGCCAGUAAGUCCACCUACAUAUACUCCACCACCACCAUCACAACCACCAUCUCCCACACCACCCUCUAACCCCCCGACAUCACCGCCAGUAAGCCCGCCAACUUAUAGUCCUCCGACUUAUCCACCACCAGCAUCUCCUACACCGCCCUCUAAUCCUCCUACUUCACCACCAGUGAGCCCACCAACUUAUAGUCCUCCGACUCAUCCACCACCACCACCACCUUCUAACCCCCCGACAUCACCGCCAGUGAGCCCGCCAACCUAUAGUCCUCCGACUUAUCCACCACCACCAUCUCCUACACCGCCCUCUAAUCCUCCUACUUCACCACCAGUGAAUCCACCAAGUUAUAGUCCUCCGACUUAUCCACCACCAACCUCUAACCCCCCAACAUCACCGCCAGUAAGUCCACCUACAUAUACUCCACCGCCACCAUCACAACCACCAUCUAACCCCCCGACAUCACCGCCUGUGAGUCCGCCAACCUAUAGUCCUCCGACUUAUCCACCACCACCAUCUUCUACACCGCCCUCUAAUCCUCCUACUUCACCACCAGUGAGCCCACCAACUUAUAGUCCUCCAACUCAUCCACCACCACCACCCUCUAUCCCCCCGACAUCACCGCCAGUGAGCCCGCCAACCUAUAGUCCUCCGAUUUAUCCACCACCACCAUCUUUUACACCGCCCUCUAAUCCUCCUACUUCACCACCAGUGAGCCCACCAACUUAUAGUCCUCCGACUCAUCCACCAACACUACCACCUUCUAACCCCCCGACAUCACCGCCAGUGAGCCCGCCAACCUAUAGUCCUCCGACCUAUCCACCACCACCAUCUUCUACACCGCCCUCUAAUCCUCCUACUUCACCACCAGUGAAUCCACCAAGUUAUAGUCCUCCGACUUAUCCACCACCACCACCACCACCCUCUAACCCCCCGAAAUCACCGCCAGUAAGUCCACCUACAUAUACUCCACCGCCACCAUCACAACCACCAUCUAACCCCCCGACAUCACCGCCUGUGAGUCCGCCAACCUAUAGUCCUCCGACUUAUCCACCACCACCAUCUUCUCCACCGCCCUCUAAUCCUCCUACUUCACCACCAGUGAGCCCACCAACUUAUAGUCCUCCGACCUAUCCACCACCACCACCACCCUCUAACCCCCCGACAUCACCGCCAGUGAGCCCGCCAACCUAUAGUCCUCCGACUUAUCCACCACCACCAUCUUUUACACCGCCCUCUAAUCCUCCUACUUCACCACCAGUGAGCCCACCAACUUAUAAUCCUCCGACUCAUCCACCACCUUCUAACCCACCGACAUCACCGCCAGUAAGUCCACCUACAUAUAGUCCACCGUCUUAUCCACCACCACCAUCUCCUACACCGCCCUCUAAUCCUCCUACUUCACCACCAGUGAGCCCACCAACUUAUAGUCCUCCGACUCAUCCACCAGCAUCACCACCCUCUAACCCUCCGACAUCACCGCAAGUAAGUCCACCUACAUAUACUCCACCAUCUUAUCCACCGCCACCAUCACAACCGCCAUCUCCCACACCACCAUCUAACCCCCCGACAUCACCGCCAAUGAGCCCGCCAACCUAUAGUCCUCCGACUUAUCCAUCACCACCAUCUUCUACACCGCCCUCUAAUCCUCCUACUUCACCACCAGUGAGCCCACCAACUUAUAGUCCUCCGACUCAUCCACCACCACCACCACCACCUUCUAACCCCCCGACAUCACCGCCAAUGAGCCCGCCAACCUAUAGUCCUCCGACUUAUCCACCACCACCAUCUCCUGCACCGCCCUCUAAUCCUUCUACUUCACCACCAGUGAGCCCACCAACUUAUAGUCCCCCAACUCAUCCACCACCACCACCACCUUCUAACCCCCCGACAUCACCGCCAGUGAGCCCGCCAACCUAUAGUCCUCCGACUUAUCCACCACCACCAUCUUCUUCACCGCCCUCUAGUCCUCCUACUUCACCACCAGUGAGCCCACCAACUUAUAGUCCUCCGACUCAUCCACCACCACCACCACCACCCUCUAUCCCCCCGACAUCACCGCCAGUGAGCCCGCCAACCUAUAGUCCUCCGACUUAUCCACCACCACCAUUUCUUACACCGCCCUCUAAUCCUCCUACUUCACCACCAUUGAGCCCACCAACUUAUAGUCCUCCUACUUAUCCACCACCAUCACCACCCUCUAACCCUCCAACAUCACCGCCGGUAAGUCCACCUACAUAUACUCCACCGUCUUAUCCACCGCCACCAUCACAACCACCAUCUCCCACACCACCCUCUAACCCCCCGACAUCACCGCCAAUGAGCCCGCCAACCUAUAGUCCUCCGACUUAUCCACCACCACCAUCUUCUACACCGCCCUCUAAUCCUCCUACUUCACCACCAGUGAGCCCACCAACUUAUAGUCCUCCGACUCAUCCAUCACCACCACCACCACCUUCUAACCCCCCGACAUCACCGCCAGUGAGUCCGCCAACCUAUAGUCCUCCGACUUAUCCACCACCACCAUCUCCUACACCGCCCUCUAAUCCUCCUACUUCACCACCAGUGAGCCCACCAACUUAUAGUCCUCCGACUUAUCCACCACCAUCACCGCCCUCUAACCCUCCGACAUCACCGCCAGUAAGUCCACCUACAUAUACUCCACCGUCUUAUCCACCGCCACCAUCACAACCACCAUCUCCCACACCACCCUCUAACCCCCCAACAUCACCACCAAUGAGCCCGCCAACCUAUAGUCCUCCGACUUAUCCACCACCAUCUUCUACACCGCCCUCUAAUCCUCCUACUUCACCACCAGUGAGCCCACCAACUUAUAGUCCUCCGACUCAUCCACCACCACCACCCUCUAUCCCCCCGACAUCACCGCCAGUGAGCCCGCCAACCUAUAGUCCUCCGACUUAUCCACCACCACCUUCUUCUUCACCGCCCUCUAAUCCUCCUUCUUCACCACCAGUGAGCCCACCAACUUAUAGUCCUCCGACUCAUCCACCACCACCCUCUAACCCCCCGACAUCACCCCAAGUUAGCCCGCCAACCUAUAGUCCUCCAACUUAUCCACCACCAUCAUCUCAUUCACCGCCCUCUAAUCCUCCUACUUCACCACCAGUGAGCCCACCAACUUAUAGUCCUCCGACUCAUCCACCACCACCACCUUCUAACCCCCCGACAUCACCGCCACUGAGCCCACCAAUCUAUAGUCCUCCGACUUAUCCACCACCACCAUCUUCUACACCGCCCUCUAAUCCUCCUACUUCACCACCAGUGAGCCCACCAACUUAUAGUCCUCCGAUUUAUCCACCACCACCACCACCCUCUAACCCUCCAACAUCACCGCCAGUGAGCCCGCCAACCUAUAGUCCUCUGACUUAUCCACCACCACCGUCUCCUACACCGCCUUCUAAUCCUCCUACUUCACCACCAGUGAGCCCACCAACUUAUAGUCCUCCGACUCAUCCACCACCACCCUCUAUCCCCCCAACAUCACCGCCAGUGAGCCCGCCAACCUAUAGUCCUCCGACUUAUCCACCACCACCAUCUUCUACACCGCCCUCUAAUCCUCCUACUUCACCACCAGUGAGCCCACCAACUUAUAGUCCUCCAACUCAUCCACCACCACCACCCUCUAUCCCCCCGACAUCACCGCCAGUGAGCCCGCCAACCUAUAGUCCUCCGACUUAUCCACCACCACCUUCUUCUUCACCGCCCUCUAAUCCUCCUUCUUCACCACCAGUGAGCCCACCAACUUAUAGUCCUCCGACUCAUCCACCACCACCGUCUAACCCCCCGACAUCACCGCCAGUUAGCCCGCCAACCUAUAGUCCUCCAACUUAUCCACCACCAUCAUCUCCUUCGCCGCCCUCUAAUCCUCCUACUUCACCACCAGUGAGCCCACCAACUUAUAGUCCUCCGACUCAUCCACCACCACCACCACCUUCUAACCCCCCGACAUCACCGCCACUGAGCCCACCAAUCUAUAGUCCUCCGACUUAUCCACCACCACCAUCUUCUACACCGCCCUCUAAUCCUCCUACUUCACCACCAGUAAGCCCACCAACUUACAGUCCUCCGACUUAUCCACCACCACCACCGCCCUCUAACCCCCCAACAUCACCGCCAGUGAGCCCGCCAACCUAUAGUCCUCCGACUUAUCCACCACCACCGUCUCCUACACCGCCUUCUAAUCCUCCUACUUCACCACCAGUGAGCCCACCAACUUAUAGUCCUCCGACUCAUCCACCACCACCACCACCACCCUCUAACCCCCCGACAUCACCACCAAUGAGCCCGCCAACCUAUAGUCCUCCGACUUAUCCACCACCAUCAUCUCCUACACCGCCCUCUAAUCCUCCUACUUCACCACCAGUGAGCCCACCAACUUAUAGUCCUCCGACUUAUCCACCAUCACCGUCACAACCACCAUCUUCUACACCGCCAGUGAGCCCGCCAACCUAUAGUCCUCCAAGUCAUCCACCACCGCCUUUUAACCCCCCAACAUCACCGCCGGUAAGCCCGCCUAUAUAUACUCCCCCAUCUUAUCCACCACCAUCACAACCACCUUCUCCCACACCGCCAUCCAAUCCCCCAUCAUCACCACCCGUUAGCCCGCCCGCUUAUACUCCCCCUUCUCAUCCACCACCGCCACCACCUUCAUUAAGUCCACCCACUUAUCCCCCACCAUCGCCUAUGACACCAUAUCCCCCGCCACCGCCAAAACAAACUCCUCUAAGAGUUCGUAUUCAAGGCUAUGUUCUUUGCAAGUCAUGCGAAUACAAGGGACAACCCAUCCUUAAGGAUGCUUCUUCUCUAAAAGGUGCUAUUGUAAAACUACGGUGCGUCUAUGCGAAAUACAAAUACUUGGAGGUUGCCAAGACUGACAAGUACGGAAAAUUCUCCUUUGUCCCACAACUACUAUCAAUCGUCAAUAUCCACAAGUAUUGUCAUGUGUCCGUUCUCUCUUCUCCUAAUUCCAAAUGCAACGUUCGAACCAACCUCAACAACGGCAAGUCCGGUGGCGUCUUGGUCCUUGCCCCGAAACAAAACAUCUCUAGCGGGUACAUCGCCUACGAAGUCGGACCCUUUGCCUUUGAACCCAAAAAGAAAUGUCAUACAUAGAAUUAGACAUACAUAUAUAUAGCAGCUUUUGAUUUUCUAACACAUACAGUUGUCUGAAUUCAUGUGUUGUUUUUAAGGUUUAUUUCGCUGUGUUGUACCUAAUGAACGAUAUGAUGUAUCAGUGAUCGGAAUUAAGUUUGAGUUACUUUUGUCUUUUGAAAUAAAUAAAUUGAUAUUCAUUUUCCAGAGUUUAGUUCUUCUUUUUGUUGUAUGAAAUUUGUAAUAAAAUAUUUUUUUAAUCAACAAGUUAAUAUUUUUGUACUA